UAUUCUUAUAGCCUGGUCCAACCACAUCAACAUGGCUGAAGUUAAACUCACUUUUAUUGAAGACUUCGCCUUGUCUGGUGUUGCCGCUGUCGUCAGUAAGUCUGCCGCCGCUCCCAUCGAGCGUGUGAAGCUCCUUGUUCAGAACCAGAAUGAGAUGAUCAAACAGGGCAGGUUGGACAGACCUUACAAGGGAAUCGCUGACUGUACUGCCAGGACCUUCGCCUCUGAGGGAUUCUACCCCUUCUGGAGGGGAAACCUCGCUAACUGUCUCAGAUAUUUCCCCACUCAGGCUCUUAACUUCGCCUUCAAAGGACAAAUCAAGAGGAUGUUCGCCGUCCCCAAGGAUGCCCAUACUGUCGCCAAGUUGGGAGCUAACGUCGCAUCAGGAGGUGUUGCUGGAUCAAUGUCUCUCUGCUUCGUCUACUCUCUCGACUACGCCCGAACACGUUUGGCUAACGACAAUAAAGUUGCCGGCAAGGACGGAAUUGCUACUCGUCAGUACAACGGACUCGUAGAUGUGUACGCCAAAACCCUCAAAUCCGAUGGUAUUGCUGGUCUUUACAGAGGUUUCGUCAUCUCCUGUGUCGGUAUCUUCGUCUACAGAGGUUUCUACUUCGGUCUCUACGACACCCUGAAACCAAUUGUUCUGGGACCUGAUGCCGGUUUCCUUAUGUGCUUCGCUCUCGGUUAUGGUGUAACUGUAACUGCUGGCCUCAUGUCCUACCCCAUCGAUACCAUCCGAAGAAGGAUGAUGAUGACCAGUGGAACUGGAGUCAAAUAUGCCGGAGCCAUCGACUGUGCCACGCAGAUCGUGAAGAACGAAGGAUUCAUGUCCAUGAUGAAGGGAGCUGGAGCUAACAUCCUCAGAGGUGUUGCCGGUGCUGGUGUCCUCUCUGGAUUCGACUCCGUCAGGGCUGCCUACAUCAAAUUCCGUGUUGGUGGACAGAAAUACUAAACUAGAGAUUAUGUGCGGACAUUUUAUAGUCAUGAUUGUGUAUAGAACGCUAUUAUUGUACUAGUGUCUCUGGCGGCACAGUGCUGUAAGAUAUUGAGAAACUAGUACAUUUUAUUUUAUACAUGUACAAUUUCGUGGUCAUAUCUAAUUUAGAAGUCGUUUCUCACGGUGUUUCUCACUAUGGUAAAUAUAGUCGUGACUCGACCAGUAAUUUAUUAUUAUUUGGUUAUAUUAGUUCUUUGAUUUUGUCCUAAAAGGCGGCUGCCUGAGAUCUUGAGAGUUGAUUUAUAGUUUCAAAUCAUGACCAUUGUAAGUGGAUGCUUUCGUACUCGGCUCCUGGCACGCUGUAAUAAAGUUUCAACUUAAUUUAGUGAGGCUGUUUUAAUGCUGAUACCUUUUUUCAUUAAUUUAAUGUUUUCAUUUAAAUUCCGCUUACUUUGGGGGUGAUUUGUGAUGAUUUAUGAUGCUUCAUAGAUUCAAGUUUUGAAUGAGUCAAAA